GAACUAACCUCUAAUCUCCUGAAAUUUGUUCGAAAUUUAAUCGCUCUACGGUGGCGUGACCGCCUCGGCUACCCCCAGCCUACUAAGCGUCGAACAUUUCCUACACGAACCUAAAUCCAAACGAAAAAGUACACGUGACUCGUCUCGUCCGAGGCUAAGGUUAGGUUCCUUCGCGACGCGCUUCUUCGCUUUGCGAUAUUUUCCUGAUUUCUCCUUCCAGCUGUUGCAGCUCAGCUAGCUCUCAGUAUCCGCUAUUUUCGCAGGACAGAAAAAAAAUUUCUCAGCUAAAGCUUGAUUUUUACGGGCGAUUUAGUUUGAUUUUCGGCUUCAGAUGUGGAGAUCUCGCGGGCAGAGAAGCGCGAGUUGGUAAUGUCGGCUUCGAUCCAUCACACUGAGAACAGCUGUGAUCGCUUUUAAGUUUUUCUCUUUGCGAGUUGGAGAUUAGCCAUGGCACAGAGCAAUUGGGAAGCUGACAAGAUGCUUGAUGUUUAUAUUCAUGAUUAUUUGUUGAAAAGAAAAUUGCACGCUUCUGCAAAAGCUUUCAUGACGGAAGGGAAGGUUGCCACGGAUCCAGUAGCAAUUGAUGCUCCUGGAGGAUUUCUUUUCGAAUGGUGGUCUGUAUUUUGGGACAUCUUUAUUGCAAGAACAAAUGAGAAACAUUCUGAGGCUGCUGCAGCUUACAUAGAGGCACAACAAAUUAAGGCAAGGGAGCACCAACAGCUGCAAAUGCACCAAUUGCAAGCCAUGCAGCAGCGCAAUGCACAGUUGCAGCGAAGGGAUUCUAGUCAUCCUCCCCUUGGCAGUUCAAUAAAUGCUAUGAAUUCUGAAGGAAUAAUGGGGCAGCCAUCAGCCAGUGUACUGGCGAUGAAAAUGUAUGAAGAGCGCAUGAAACAUCCCCAUUCAAUGGAUCCAGAAACAUCUCCAGCGCUUAUGGAUGCCAAUAGGAUGGCCCUACUGAAAUCAUCAACCAAUCCUCAAAGUCCGUUGGUACAAGGGAAUUCUGGGGGCAUGUCUGCAGCUUUGCAGCAAAUCCAGGCACGAACCCAAAUGACCACUGACAUCAAAGGCGAAGUUAACUUGGGUGCAACUCAAAAAUCUUUGCCCAUGGAUCCUUCAUCAAUUUAUGGACAAGCAAUUUUACAGUCAAAAUCAGGACUAGGCGGUGCAGGAUUAAAUCAAGGUGUCACUGGUCCAUUAAAGGGUUGGCCUCUAACUGGAAUUGACCACUUGCGACCAAGCUUAGGUGUGCAAGUACAAAAACCUGGUCUACAGACCCAUAAUCAGUUCCUUUUGGCAUCACAGCAACAGCAGGUCAUUGCACAGGCGCAGGCACAGGGUGUCAUGGGAAGUUCACCCAACUAUGGUGAUAUGGAUCCCCGUAGAUUUUGUGGAUUACCUCGGGGUAGCGUGAAUGCAAAAGAUGGCCAAUCCACAAGAAAUGAUGGAUCUAUAUGCUCCCCAGUACAAUCAAGUUCACCAAAGAUGAAGAUGGCUCAGAUGCAACAAUCUUCCUCUCAGCAACAGGACCAGUUGCAGCAGCAGCAACUGCAACAGAACAACAGAAAAAGGAAACAGCAUUCUUCCUCUGGAGCUGCUAAUAGUACUGGUACAGGAAAUACUGUGGGCCCUUCCCCUAACUCUCCACCAUCAACUCAUACACCCGGUGAUGGAAUAACUGCAACUAGUAUGAAGCAUGUCAGCAGUGUGUCAAAAGGUUUGAUGAUUUAUGGUCCAGAUGGGACAGCAGGUCUUGCAUCAUCUUCGAAUCUGCUGGAUGACAUGGAACAUUUUGGUGAUGUUGGUUCCUUAGAUGAUAAUGUGGAAUCAUUUCUGUCCCAUGAUGGAGGAGAUGGUAGGGAUCUAUAUGGUGCAAUAAAACAAAGUCCUACUGAACACAAAAAAGAGUCCUCUAAAAGUUUUUCCUUUGCUGAAGUCAGUUGUAUACGGACAAAAAAUAGCAAAGUCACGUGCUGCCAUUUUUCUUCAGAUGGGAAGUUGCUUGCUAGUGCAGGACAUGACAAGAAGGCUGUUCUUUGGAACAUGGAUACCCUGCAAACAGAGAGCACCCCAGAAGAACACAAGUUGGUUAUUGCGGAUAUCCGUUUUAGGCCAAAUUCAUCUCAGCUGAUUACAGCUUCAUAUGAUUCAUCUGUGCGAUUAUGGGAUGCAGCCAAUCCAAGCUAUUCUUUGCAUGCAUAUACUGGUCAUCAUUCAAAAAUUAUGUCCGUUGAUUUCCACCCUAAGAAGACCGAUCUUUUCUGUUUCUGUGAUGCCAAAAAUGAAAUUCGCUAUUGGAAUAUCUCUCCAUUCUCUUGCACCCGUGUUUCCAAGGGAGGCACUGCGCAGGUGAGAUUUCAACCAAGAACAGGACAUUUACUGGCAGCAGCAUCAGGUGAAGUGGUGUCUAUAUUUGAUGUAGAAACUGACAGACAGACACACUCAUUUCCGGGACACUCUGAAGCAGUAAACUACAUUUGUUGGGAUGAGAAUGGAGAUUAUUUGGCAUCUGUCAGUCAGGACUCCGUAAAGGUUUGGUCAUUAUCCUCGGGGGACUGCAUUCAUGAGCUUCCUUCCGAUGGAGACGAGUUCCAUUCCUGUGUUUUUCAUCCAAGCUAUCCAUUUCUCUUAGUCAUUGGUGGAGUUCAGUCUUUGGAGCUGUGGAACAUGGCCGAGAACAAGAGCAUGACAGUUGCAGCUCAUGAGAACAUAAUAGUAGCUUUGGCACAGUCGCCGGUCACUGGGAUGGUUGCUUCUGCAAGUCAUGACAGCUCCGUUAAAUUAUGGAAAUAAAUGUAGACAUUUGGUGGUAUUCCAUUUCCUUGGACUUUGAUCGGUGUUGCUUCAAGUGGACAGAAUAUGGGGAAUAUUGCUUGAAAGCUAGUUGUUGCGAGUUUGGAUGCAACUUUUUCAUGCAUUAUUUGUAACAAAUGUGUUUAGAACUGUGUUGCGGGGAUGCAAUUCAUCUGGAAUUUCAAUUGGUUGAAGAUGAUGAAGUCUGAAAAUCAUGUAGAGCAGAAGUUUUGGUGGGAUGUGAGAAAUAAUCCUCAAAUGUGUUAAUUUUUUCUGUCAGUUUUGAACCUACAUCCUUUCCUCCUGAAUUUUUAGGGUUUGAUGUACCCAGGUUUGCCUUGGCAAACUGAAAAGAACUUCUCAGGAUACUAGAAUUUCUCCGGUUUUCAAA